AUGGUGCAGGCUCGUGCUAUGAUGCGGAGAAGCUGGGGUUCUCUUGCAUUUGCUGAGUGGGAGCGCGUACCUGCCCGCGCCGGAGUGUCUGCCCGCUCGACUGACACCACAAUGGGCUGCGUCGCUGCCGCCGCGUCGUCGGUGGUGAUGGGCAAUGCGGCUCAUAUCCGCAUCCAUGCUCCCCGCAAGAAGCGUAAGCCACCUAGAGGUAAUGCUACAGGGGCCAUCAUAGGCGGCAUCAUUGGAGUGGUCAUCUUUCUGUGCCUAAUUGGAGCUCUCAUCUUCCUGCUCCGCAAGCGCCAGCUCAACGCUGAGAAUGACGAUGCUCCCCCAAAGCACAAGCCCCCUCCUCCUGUCAAGAUGGGCAGUUCUACGGAGAUGCUGAAUAAGCCCCACAACCCAUCGACAGAGACACAGCCACUCAGUCACAUCUACUACGAGACCGGCGGCGAGCCCGUCACUGAUCUGGAUGAUGAGGGCCAAGAUGGAGCCCCAGCCAAUGGCAGCGGGCCAGCAUUGUGGGACAGCUCGGCAACCCACAUGCCCGCUGAAAACCAUGCCACGGCCGACGACUCCUACCCCGAGGCCCCGGAGCCGCCACUGCCCAACAGCGGAGCUACAGUGGCGCGUGGCGAGAGCUUCAUGUCCGAGCCCAUGCUGGUGUAGAGCGGUCCACGGGGGGCACCCCCAACACACUGCCACCCCCUGCCCCCUGCCCCCCCACCCCCCCAACUCAAGCUCCGAGAUGUGCCCACAUUGCCCUGUGAUUGCCCUGUGCCUACCACGACUGUGCAGGGGCCAGUUACAACUGUGGACUCAGACCCUCCUCCUACCCAACCCCCACCCCCACCCCACCCUA